AUGGUAGUCCCUCCACUACCCCUGGGUAGUCCCUCCACUGUCCCCAGGGCCUAUAUCAAGGCAGAGAACAACUCCAAAGGUGAAAUUCAGGCAAGCCUCUUGUUGUGUAGUAGACUUCUGCUCUACAAGGGCUGGUACAAGUGCCUGAUUCAAACUCUCAAAGACCCAGGGGUCAAACUGAGCCAUGUGGCACAACUUAUUGAAAACAAAGUCAAGGAACUGAGUGGCUCAUUGCAAACAGGACAAGCCAUGGAACCCGAGAAAACUUUAAUCAUUUUAAAGCUUCAAGAUGAGAAGAGUGGACUUCAACAAAAUGUGACGGUCAUGGAGAAAGGAAUGCUAGAACUGAAGGAGGAAAACGGCAAUCUUCAAAAGGAAAUUGUCCAUCUGAAAGAAAUCAUUGCUCAAUUGCGACGACACAUCGCUUGGCUGGAAGGCAAGUAUCAAGCGUGUGAGGACAGCAAAAAACAUUUGAAAAUUCUGGCCAGAUUUAAACUGGAUCCCGAUGUGGUCAAGUUAAUGGAAGAGAUCUGUGAGCUAAAAAAGAAAUUGGACACGGCGGUAAGUUUGACCUUAACAAUUGAAAAUCUAAAAUAUGAGUUGAGUCAAAGGAAUAGAGACAGAGUAAAAAUAGCAGAAAAAAACAAAUCUUUAAAUGAAAAAAUUCUGGACAUAAACAGGACAUUCUCUGGAAACUACGAAUUACUGCAAGAAGAAUUGAUGCAGUUGAAGGCAAAACUAUUGAUAUUGGAAAAACAAAAUGCCAGCAUGAAAGAAGAAAACAGAAAACUAAAGCAGACUGUCCAGUUAAAGGAUACAUCCAACAAUGUGAACCUCAUUGACGAAAUCAAUCGUUUGAAACAAACCAUCUCCAGGCUCGAAUCUGAAAAAUUUAAACUCUCGGAAUUAAUUCAAAAUAAAUCUGAUGAAAUCACGAAAAAGACAAGUGAAAUUACCCGACAACUUGAAGAGAUUUUACACUUGAGAAAAGAACUAGAUCAUCAGACUAACAUAGCAGAAGAAAGAUUGAAGGAAAACACAAAAUUGACUAGCCACGAAAAACAGUUGAAUCACUUGUUUCACAGAAACUUGUUUUUGAGUGAUGAAUUAAAGAGAUACAAAGAUAGAGCAGAAUUGCUGGAUAAAGAAAAAUCGUUUUUAAUCGAUGAACUGCAGAAAUACAAAGAAAAAGCGGAAUCACUCGAGACUCAAAAAUGUAAUCUUCAAAUAGAAAUAGAUAUUCAACUUACAGAAUUAAAAAACAUGGACAUUCUAAAAGAACAGAACAAUCAACUAAGACGACAGCUUGAAGAAUUACAAAACAAAUAUGACAACCUGGAAACACUUUACAAAAAAUUGCAAGACGAAUUAGAAUCUUCAAACAAACAUAACGAAAGAAUCACAAACGAAAAAACCCUCUUACAGAUAGAACAUGACAUUCAGAGUCAAGAAAUCAAGCAGUUAGAGGGGAAACAGGCGGAUCAUGAAAAUCUGAUGCAGAAGUUUUUACAACUACAAAAGAAAUACGCAGACCUCGAAAAUGAAAAUCGAAAUCUUUUAAUUGAAAAUCGGAAUCAAAAAUGGAAAAUUGAUAGACUAGAGAAAGAAAAACGAGAGGCUAAUGCAAUCACAGAAAAGAAACCAGAAACAACGACAGUAUUAAGUAAAAAUCUUCAAGAUCUGAUGGACGCCAUCUCUCAACACAACAAGCCUGUAGUUCAACAGAGUCAAACAAUAUUUUCCUUCAAGACUGAGCCUGUUCUGACACAGCCUGAACGUCAAAAAACCAAUCCAAUAUACGAACCUAAAAGUAUACGAACCAAUCCAAUAUACGAACCUAAAAGUAUACGAACCAAUCCAAUAUACGAAACUAAAAGUCAACCGCAGGAUAAAUCAAACGACGCCGAAUCUGACGGUAAAGAAGCAAAUAACAAAUUUGAACCUAAAACUGAACCCGAUGAAACCAACGUAAAGAACGAACCCAGAAACGUCUCCACAGAAGGUUUAGCAAAACCAAAAACUGAACAUGUGAACAAGCCGAAUCCAGAGAACACAAACCUGAUGGCAAGUUUAGUGGAAAAACCAAAGGAGAAGAUCAAAAACAAUUUCCUAAUAUUUAGUGAAAAUGUAGCUAAUCUAAACCAAGUCGUUCGAUCAGUUCUCAAGAAAGUUGAUUUAGUAGAACCGUCAGUUGAAGAACCAAUCGCAGUCAACAGGAUUGAAAGCAAAGAUCAGAUUUUCUCUACCGUCACCUGUUUCCUGUCGUCAAUCCAACGUUCAGGUUUUCAAAAGUUCUGGAUGUAUAAAAAUAUUUUAAGGUGUAUUGAAGCUGUGGAUUACACAUUAUCAGCAAUCAUCCUGCCCAUUUGUUUCGAUCAACCUAUCUCUAAGCUUGAUCUUUCCUUUAUUGAAAUACUGAAAGGUGUUUUGGGAGAUGACAUAGUUAAGACUAACGUUAUCUGCCUAGUGCUCAAACCUGCAUCGAAAGAUAUGAAUGCCACUUUUAAUUUCGAGGAGUGGUGUAAGAUUCAAAAAGAUGACAUUGGUAUGAUUUUUAAAGAGUGUCGAUACAGGUGCGUCCUUCUGGAAUAUUCCGGUCAAAACCAGGUCACAAACCGAAAGCAGUUUUCGAAGCUGUUCAACUGGUCAACACAAAUGUUGAAGUACACACGAGAGAGGUACGACAGAGGUCUGGACAAUCGCAAACGUUUUAUAGCUGAAAACAAAUUAGAAAUCAAACUAAACAGGUCUUAAAGGAAAUACACCAUCGCUGUAGAUUCUGCUUGGGUUUUAGUCUACUUCCAAACGUUAGAACUUAAUCCACCACCAGCAACGUAGUUUGAGGUCUAAUGUUUUA